CCCUUCUCUAGCUCUUCGAUCGAUUUCGUUUUUGCAUGGUUUCAAGGUUACUCGACGUUGCAGCGUCUCCCAUCUUUCUUUUUUUUCUUUUAUUUUCUUUUCAUCCCCUGAAAUUAAGCAAUUCACUAUGUUACGUCUUGCUCGAUUUUUCACUUUUGCCUUUUUGGUACAUGCAUGCAUGAGAGAGCUAGGUCCAUUAACAGCUGCGUGAGUCUGGUAUAUCUGUAGUGCUAGCUCCCGUUUCUGCGGCAUGCAUGGUAGCUAGCUGCUAGAUAGCACGGUUCAGCAGUCUUUUUUUCUCUGAUUUUCUUGGGGGUUAGCUAGCUGCGUGAGUCUGGUAAACAUGAGACGAUCUUGUCUAUCUCAUAGCUUGAGCAGUUAGUCAGAAAUUUAUCUUUCUUCUUCGAGCUCAUAAAAAGGAAAAAAAAAAGAAGAACCAACAGAUUAAGGUGGUAUAAUCAUCAACAAAAGCAGCGUGGAGAAUUGCUUGAUGCCUUGAUCCUUACCCGGCGGCCACGCAGAUCUAAAUCUUGUUGGUCAACGGUGGUUGGCCGCGCGGUCAUGCUCAGCCAACAAUACAAAUCAAGUGGAGCCGAAGCGCCGACGCGGCCCAUUCCCUUUUUCUUUGAGAGGACGCGGCCCAUUUCUUGUGUGCGUGUAGUUGGUCAGCCUAAUAGGCCCAAUAGUAUCGAUGAGGCCCAUGAGAGUUUCGCUUGUGGGAAAAGACCAGGCCCGCUUAACAUCUUCCUUGCAGUCCAAGGCACCAUAUUGGGCCCUCAAAGCCCAGCUCGAGCUACACACCUUCCACGCACACACUCUCUAGUCUCUACAAGAAAGCAACAGGCUGCUCGAAAGGCAACACGAGAACCCUAGCCGCCACCUCCGAUCUGACCUAAUCGAUCCGAUCCAUGGAGGCGCCGAAGCGCGGCAUCCGCGACGAACCCGCCGCCGCAGCAGCAGCAACAGCAGCAGCCGGGGGCCGAGUGGGAGGCCGCCUCGAUGCCCUGAGGCAGCUGAUCAAGCUCGAGGACCGCCGCCUCCAGGCUUCGUUCUUCUUCCUCGCCUGGGGCUGCUGCGUGAUGCUCCAUGGUACCGUCCUGAACCGCGCGGCCAAUCCGGAGCACGUCCUGGCCGGGUACGGCCUGUUCACCAUCGGCGCCGCGCUGGCGUUGCUCACCCUCUGCGGCGCCGGCCGCGCUGCGGCUCGCGUGGAGGAAGCGCUCAGGGGGUACUUCUAGCUAGCUAGUUGCUAGAUCCGCACUCAGCAAUCGGCGAUGCGAGCGAGUAAAUUGCUCCUUGUACCAUUUCUAGUUCUUUUGGGCCCUUUUGACUGGUCGAUCUGUAGAUCUAGUGUGAGUUGUGAGAGAAUGUCUUGUGUUGUGUAUAUGUAUAAUUGUAUGCUCAUAUACAAGCACGUACGUCCCAUACCCAAUGACCAGGCUUGUAAUUCCAAUUUUCCUCUGAAUAUGGCGUUCAGUGUCCACAAAUUUCCCUUUUGGCCUUCGUGAUGAACCGAUGUUUCCUCCAUUUUGAUCUGGUCUGACCAAGAGAAAUUGGGGGAAACGAGUAAUUAAGCUGUGAUUAUUACA